AUGCUCUUCCUAAAUAGUCGAGCUCGUAAUAUGAUGGUAGCACCGAUGCAUUCGCGUGGUGUAUCAUACACGAAUAAAUUCUUUCAGCCAUGGCUUACUUUUGGUUCUAUAUUAUUAGUAACUGGAACUAUUCUCAUUGUUGUCGGCGUUUUAAAUGAAGUUAAAACUACGAAAUAUAUUGGUAUUUGUUUUAUCGGUUUUGGUGCUGUUUGUUUUCUUUCUAAAAUUGUACAUUACUAUGGUAAAUUGGAUAUCUGCUAUAAUAAUUGGAUCUAUCGAAGUCAUGUUACACCUGUUCAUAAUGACGCUCCUCAGCCUAAACCGCCAAAUAUUAUAUCAAUUCCUGCGUAUACUAAAUCAUCUGACAUGGCACAUACAACUGCAUUUUCUGCAUCAGCCGCAGCUUCAACGUGCAGAACAAUAAUAUCUAGUAUAGAAAUUCAUAAAGUUGUAGUCGAGUCAUCGAUCAAGAAUGACACGGUGAUAAAUAACCCUAUUAAUAAUACUUGA